UUUCUGGUGGCGUUGCAUUCACUUGCACAAGGAAGGCUCCGGCGGGCACGUUUUUACCUUUAAAACGUCCUCCCAACAACACCCUGUUGUAAUUCCACGUAAAGAUGGACGGACAAACGUUGACGCUGGCGUCACGCUCGAAGACAAUGUGAUUCUGGAGCAGGAGAACACUUUUUUUUAAAUCUGUAUUAGUAUUUGCUACACAAGCGAACGAACGGACUGCAGUCUGCCACCGCCUCAACAUUGCGGUGAGUCAGUAUCAUGGAGGCAGGCAGCGGGGCUGCCGCAGCAGUGGGGAGUGCGGCGCUCGGACUGCUGGGAGCCACAGCAACGUCCAGCCUGGACAUCUUGGACAGGGGCCUAAUACUUGGACGUCACCUGGACGAGGACGACAUAGUUCCUGAACUGGCUCACAUUCACCCCAGAGAAAGACCUGACUGGGAGGAGACCAUCAGUGCCAUGGCAAGAAGUGCGGAGAUCCCAGAGCUGCGGACCGAGCCAAUCAUGAGCUCAAGCAGCAGCAGCAGCACAGCAAGCAUGAAGGUCAAGAAUGUAAAGAAACUCUGCUUUACCAAGGGACACUUUCCGAAACUUGCAGAGUGCGCUCAUUUCCACUAUGAAAACGUGGACUUUGGCACAAUACAGUUGUCCCUCGGCGAUGAACAGAGUGAAGUGGCGCGGAACAGCAAUGAGUCCAAGGAGCUUGUGUACUUGGUUCAUAUUUACUGCCAGAGUCGAAGCUGGAUUGUGAAACGCAGUUAUGAGGAUUUCCGCGUCUUGGACAAGCAUUUGCACCUGUGCAUCUAUGAUCGACGCUUCUCACAGCUGCCGGAGCUUCCUCGACAUGACAGCUUGACUGAUCAACCUGAAUCCGUUUCCCAGAUGUUGCUGGCUUACCUCUCUCGACUUUCCACCAUCGCUGACAACAAGAUCAACUGUGGGCCUGCACUCACAUGGAUGGAGGUUGACAAUAAGGGAAAUCAUCUUUUGGUACAUGAAGAGUCUUCCAUCAACGUCCCAGCUAUCGCUGCUGCGCAUGUCAUCAAGCGCUACAUCGCGCAGGCUUCAGAUGAACUCUCCUUUGAGGUCGGCGACAUUGUGUCAGUGAUUGACAUGCCUCCCAAAGAAGACACCACCUGGUGGAGGGGGAAGCACGGCUUUCAGGUUGGCUUCUUUCCAAGUGAGUGUGUGGAGCUCAUCAAUGAUAAAGUGCCACAGUCCAUGACCAACUCUGUGCCAAAGCCAGCAUCGCCGUGUUCUGGUCCGCCGCCUGCCUCUUGGAGUCUCUUCCCCCCAUAUUUGGAGAUGGAGAGUGUAAUGCAGGACAAUGCAUGGGCGGCCGACCCUUUAAACCACUACAGCCUAAGUUCAGUGUCUAAGAAGCAUGGCAAGCUGAUCACCUUCUUGCGCUCCUUCAUGAAGUCCAGGCCCUCAAAGCAGAAGCUGAAACAGAGGGGCAUCCUCCGGGAGAGGGUGUUUGGCUGCGACCUCGGGGAGCACCUCCUCAACUCUGGCCAUGAUGUUCCGCAGGUCCUUAAAAGCUGCACUGAGUUCAUUGAGAAGCAUGGUGUGGUGGAUGGCAUCUACCGGCUCUCUGGGAUCGCCUCCAAUAUCCAGAAAUUGCGGCACGAGUUUGACUCUGAACAGAUCCCCGACCUGACCAAAGAUGUGUAUGUACAGGACAUCCACUGUGUUGGCUCGUUGUGCAAGCUCUACUUCAGAGAGCUGCCCAACCCCCUGCUCACCUACCAACUAUAUGAGAAAUUCUCUGAGGCUGUGUCAGCAGCAACAGAUGAAGAACGGCUCAUCAAAAUCCAUGAUGUCAUCCAGCAACUUCCUCCACCACAUUACAGAACCCUCGAGUUCCUCAUGAGACAUCUUUCCCAUUUGGCAGCAUUCAGUUACAUCACCAACAUGCACAGCAAGAACCUGGCCAUUGUCUGGGCCCCCAACCUGCUGAGGUCCAAACAGAUUGAAUCUGCAUGCUUCAGUGGAACCGCGGCCUUCAUGGAAGUCAGAAUCCAGUCGGUUGUCGUGGAAUUCAUUCUCAACCAUGUGGACGUUCUUUUCAGCACCAAACUCAGCUCACUAAUACGUGAGGGAGCAGGUCACAACACAUUGUCACGACCAAAGUCUCUGCUGGUUUCGUCACCUUCCACCAAACUCCUGAGUUUGGAGGAGGCUCAGGCUCGAACUCAGGCACAGAUUAACUCUCCUGUCACUGAAGACAGCAAGUACAUUGAAGUUGGUGAGGGUCCUGCUGCCUUGCAGGGCAAAUUCCACACUGUCAUCGAGUUUCCCACUGAGAGGAAGAGACCCCCUGUUAAAUCCAAGAAAUCUCCUGUGGGGAGCUGGCGAUCUUUUUUCAACUUGGGAAAGUCCUCAUCCAUGUCCAAGCGCAAACUGCAUCGCAACCCCAGUGAGCCCAAUGAAUUGAAAGCCAUGGCUCUUGCUGGGGGAAGAGGGGAUACAGGAACAUUAAGAUCUGCUAAAAGUGAAGAGUCACUGAGUUCUCUGCAUAAUGUAGAAGGUGAGUCCAAGGUUUAUCGUCCUCGACGACCGCGAUCAAGCAGUGACGCUCUUUCUGCGUCAUUUAACGGCGAUCUGUUUGAUGGUCGACCGCACUGCGACUCCUACGACAACCUUGAUGCCACAGAGGAUAGCGACGGUGAUGACGGGCCUAUCUGUGUGCCUGCUCUCAUUUCACCUCCCCGCGCAGCCGGUGAAGACAUUGACCUCAGCCCACCGGACAUCGGCAUGGCCUCUUUGGACUUUGAUCCGAUGUCUUUCCAGUGCAGCCUUCCUGACACAACCCACUCGUUUCCUCUGGCAGACUCACAAGCGGGAGCAGAGAGCGCCAUGUUGAAGAGGAGCCCUGGCAGUCUCUGGGGAAAGAGAAGUGGAUCUGACAUCCCAUCUUCUUCUUUCAUUGGCAACUUUACCUCAUCCUUGUUGUCCUCGAACUUUAGCCUGGCUGCGAAAGAGAAAACAGAAAGCCAGAAACUGACCACUUCCUACUCUUGCACGGAUAAACCCACGCAAGUGGUGUCGCCUGUUAAAAGUGCAAAAAUUCCAACUUCUGCCUCUUCAGAGCCUGUUUCUGUUGAGAUGCCUGAGAAAAAUGCUAGUGGACAGGUGAGGAUUCAACAACCUUUAUCCCCUCACUCAGAGCCAAAACACUCGCCUUCUUGUGUAAAACUUGAGCCAUCUCUAAGUGAAUCUUUCCGAAUGGAGCUACACUCUAAGCUCGCAAUCCUGGACAGUGAGGACAGUCAAGAGCCAAAGAGACAAGACAGGGUUCAGCAGGUGUCCGAGAAGAAAAAAGGAGUGCUAGGUCCGGAUUCUUCAGAGACUUUUCCUGCACAUUCCCUCAGCUCUACUUCCGCUCCUCCUUCUCCUCCUAAAGACUCCACCCGCAUGACGGCCCAUGCACCUGCUGAGUCAGCACAACAACUCUGCCUAAAGUCCCAGCUCUGGUCCCCCGAACCACUGACACCAAUUUCCCUUGUGCAGCCGCAAACCUCUGACUCCCAGGACUCGUCGGGUCUACACUUUCAGAAUUCCUGUUCUGCGGGAGCUGAGGGGGGAAGCUCCCCGCCACGAAGUAGCCAUGUCUCUGUUGUCACUCCAUGUAUUCCCUCAUCCUCAAGCCCUUUGAAAGAACAUCAGAAACUUGAGUUAACAAGCACAAUAACCAAGCAGUCAACUGGAAAUUCACCAGAAGCUGACAUUACUCCGACAGAUACCUUUCAUAACAACGCCACUCCCCUCCCAAGUUUAGCCAGCCUAAACUCUCCAAGUAGGAGGAAUCCCGGCAGUCAGUCAGUUAUUGGACAAGACUGUACCAGCAUUACCAAGAGCACCAACAGUGGCCACUGCAAGGACAGCAGAAGCUUGUGUUUUGCUGAGAUCAGACCAGAGGAAGAUAUAAAGCCCGCAAGCAUUCCGAAAUCUACAGAGCAGAAGCCCCCAGCAGCUCUGAAGACCAAAAAGCAUUACACACAAUCUCAGCAGCAGAGUCAAGCUCUGAUGCAGCAUCGGUCUCACACACAAAUUCAGCCCCAAACUCAGACCAGUACAAGAAUGCUACCAACCUCCUCUGAGAACCUUGACAAGCCAUGGGAGGCCAUAAAACCGGUCCACCCCUGCACAGAGUCUUCUCAAAUCUGCGACUCUUACGGAUCCACACCUCCCGCCCCUCCAGUCCGCACUAUAGAGAGUAAACUGGCGACCGCAGCACUCAGCCAAAGUGACACAUCUUGCCAUAUCCAGGGUGAGAGUUCUGCAGCUGGCCAUCUGGAGGACGCCCUUCCUCACCAUCCUCUUUCUCCUCGUAAAUCCUCCACACAUCUGGCAGGCUAUCUUUACCACGCCAAAGGCGAAGCAAUCCUGAUUGAGCCUCCAGGACCUGCAUACUAUCAUCAGAGGCCUGUUUCUAUGGGUCCACAUCCCAUGUCGUACCACUACCGACCAGACAGCAUCCCCUCACACCCCUCGUACGUGUCAAAGUCAGAACCUCAGAUACCUUACAGUGCCCGAGUCGACAACAGAUACAACACUUUAGGCCCAAGGUCUUACCACCACUCCAUCAAGACCAGAGGAAAUACCCGGAGUGUAUACGUGGCUUCUGGGCAUCAGGGUUACAGCCAUGACAGAAACCCCGGAUAUCCUACUAUUCGUAGAGUGCACUCCCUCCACGUUCCCUCCACUGUCCGCGCGGUACCCAUCCAGAGGACUGAAGUUCCUCCGGAAGACAUGUUCUAUUACCACCGACCCAUGUACCCAUGUAAACCCUACCAGCAGCCCCCGCAGCAGUCCUCACAAGCUGACUACCACGUUACUCAGCUGCAGCCUUACUUUGAGAACGGGCGGGUCCAGUACCGAUAUAGUCCAUACUCAGGCUCUACCCCACUAGAAGCGCCUUACUACGACAUUGACCCUUACGGAACCAUUCGCAUACGCCAUGUCCACUCAGCCAGUAGAGAUUCGGGCACCAUUGUUUGCAGACCCGGUGUAAAGGACGCAGGGUACCACUAUCUUGCUCGCAAUGUUCCCCCAAAUUGGAAGGAGCAUAGCUUCGUGAGCAGGGAUAUGCCGCCAAGUCAGGGUAGCAAGGAAGUCGCAUCUUACCUCUCUUGGGACCCCGAGGAGUCGGAAUGUCUCCGCUUGCACUCUAUUCGUAGAGAGAGCCGGGCUAGACAGAAGAUCAAAGGUCCCGUCCUCUCGCAAUAUGACAAUGUCGGCUCAUUCGCACCAACCGAUACGUCCGCUUUGGACACUCUUCACUCACGCAGUAAGUCUGAUCCGGGUAAAACCGCACAAGCUGCAACUGAGAGCAAAGACGGUCGCUAUCUUCCCAGACACAUGGUAUCAGACCCCAACAUGGCCGACACACAAGUCCAAGGCAGACCGACGGGAGACAAGCAAAGCGGCACCGUGAAAUGCCUAUCGUCUCAUUCCAUUCCUGCGAGUCUGAGCCACAGUCUCUCCCAUCAGCCAGAGAGCACCAGACACGAAGCCAAACCGGAGUCUCCUGGCGAAACGCUCGGCGGAGACAGCAGCCAGACCAAACACAAGAGGAGCUUCCAAACAUGUUACAAAUGCCCUGACGCUGACUACCGCCAGGGUAAGGGUAAACUAUCAAGCACAUAUCCCAGUGCAGAUGAGGAACUUCCUGCCAACUGCAAACCUGAACGAUCGCACAGCAUGCGAGAGCAGCAGCUCUACAGCCACGGCAAACCCAAGCUGGAUGAAGACUACUCGCAUCACAAACCAGUGCAAUCGCACUACGAUAACUUGGACGAUUAUCACCCAGUACCUCAGCCCCCCGUUCAAGAACGUGCUGGCCCUGGCUCCUACCCAGCCCCGGGAUUUGCAGUGACCCCCAGCAACAGAGCAUAUUCCACAGCCCUGGGCCAAGGAGCCUUCCUUCAGACGGAUCGGGGCAUGCUGAGGCCAGAAACAGAGAUUUGUACAGAAUAAACCCUCAAAAGUCCUUUUGUGUAGAAGAAAGAUUAAGCGAGCUACGGUUGGGCAGCCUCUGCGGGACAGUGGACUGUCGUGCCACCGAUAUUUUUGCUGUUCUGUAUUUUUCAUGAAUUGUAAAGGAAAAUGUAAGACUUUUUACUGAAAGUCCUGAAUGUACCCCAAGUUAUUGUCCAAGAGCUCAUUUUUGCUGUGGUUGAUUGAGACAGGAAUCAUAAAUGCAAACAAUACAAAAGGUACUUUCAACAACAACCACAAAUAUGAUACAAUUAUAUGUCAUAUAUAUAUUUAUAUAUAUGUAUUAUGUAUGAAUAAGUAGUAAAAAGGGAUGUUAGCUGUACAAUUUAAUUUGGUUUUUUUUGGAAGUGGCGCUGGGGUUGACCAUUUUUGCAUUUUAGAAAUACAUGCACUCUUACAGAACACUUCUGAGUUCAUCGUUCAUGAUGUUAUUUUUGGAUAUUACAGCACAAGUUAUGAAAGGCCGUAUAUUCGCCAUCACGCCCUACAGACGGUAGGUGAUAGACACUUUGUCCUGGAGGACCUGACCUUGCAUAAGCAAGCAGCAGUGAGUUAUUAUUAAACUGUUCUGUCAUUGUUUAUGUUCUUUGUGACACUGUCAUUUUGUGUGCAUUUAAUCGAAACAGAUUUCAGUUACUUCUUCAUGAGAAGGUGGACCAAUCAUUGGCGUGAAGAUGGAUUUUCACUUCUGAUCCAGAUAUGAACGUUUUUUUAUUUUUACUUCAUCCCCCCCACACACACACACAUUUCAAUCACAGUACUUUCAAGGCCUAAUCUAACAUGACUAUGAAAAACAUGGUAAUGCUUUUUUGUAGGGCCUGUGAUUUAUUUGUAUUCUUAUUUUUGUUUUAAGAGGUAACUUGUAAUUAACUGCAAAUUUAAUUGGCCAUUACAUGCAAACAGUUUUAGUAGUUUAUUCACAAACUGCAAUCAAAUUGAUACCUAAUAGUCUUUUGAUAUUUCACUGGACCACAUGCCCAUCAUGGAUGGAUUACUAAAGGUUGAAUUCCUAUUAAAACAGGUUGUAUUCUGUAACUGUCUUAACUGUAUACGCUGUAUUGCUUGCAGGUUUUGCUCCUUUGGCCUUAUCUACUAAAGCCUGCCUUUUCAGUCAAGGCAUUAAAAUAAGGCACUGUGUA